AUGACAACCCGCAAGCGCAACGAAUUCCUCGACCCCAUCUCCGACGAAGAUGAAGGCAGCGACGCAGGAUACGACUCUGAAGCCGCGGAGGAGACGAAAGGCCGGGGUAUGAAGCGGCGACGGACGGAGCCGAUGCGCGGGUUUUUGGACGCUGGUAGUGAGGAUGAGGAUGAGGAUGGUGAUGAGGGGGCGUCAGAUGGAGAGGAUGAGAAGAUUUCGCGAGCGAAGAAGGGCAAAGGGAAAGCCAAGCGCAAAACCGACGACGACGACGACGAAGAACAACGCGAAACUGAAGGAGAAGCCCAAUACCUCGACGCAACAACAACAACAACAACCACCUCCUCGAAAACCGAGAAACCCCUAAAACCCAAACCCCUCGACAAAAGCAAGCCUCCCAAAAAGAACAAAACCGGCGUCAUCUACUUCUCCAGCCUCCCCCCCUACCUGCGUCCUUUCGCUCUAAAGGGACUUUUAGAGAAAUACGGUUUCGCACCCGUAACAAGAGUCUUCCUAAACCCCUCCAUACCCUCCGCCUCCGCGCCGCGCCGCCGCUCCAACAAGCGUAAAACCUACUCCGACGGAUGGGUCGAAUUCGCCUCCAAGAAGACUGCGAAGCUCUGCGCGGAGACGCUCAAUGCGAAUAUCGUGGGCGGGAAAAAGGGAGGCUGGUAUCAUGAUGAUGUGUGGAAUAUGAAGUAUUUGAGGGGGUUUAAGUGGGCGGAUUUGAUGGAGCAGGUGCAGCGGGAGAGGAGUGAGAGGGAGGCGAAGAGGAGGGUUGAGGAUGCGAGGGCGAAGAAGGAGGAGAAGGUGUUUGUGGAGGGGGUUGAGAGGGGGAGGGUGUUUGAUGGGAUGGCGAAGAAGAGUGAGGAGAAGAAGAGGAGGAUGCCGGAGGUGGAGGCGGAUGUGCCUGUGGAGAAGGUGCAGGAGCGACGGAAUGCUGGUGAGGGGGGAAAGAAGGGCAAUGUUCGGAGACUGUUUAAGCAGAAUGAGGUUAAGACGCCGAGGGAUAGGAUCAAGAAGGAUGAUGGUGCUGCUGCGCUGGGGGAGGAUACGAAGAGGGUGUUGGGGAAGAUUUUCUGA